CGGACGGGACGCGCGGCAGCGUUCGUUGCCAGGCAGCGGGAGCGGGGGAAGCGGAAGGUUCCGCUCCUCUUCCUCUUCCUCGGGCACGGAGAUGGCGGUGCCGCGGAUCUUAAGGGCGGCAGCACCGCGGUUCUACAGCGGCAUCCCCGCCCCGGCGGCACUGACGGCGGCAGCGGCGCGGCCCCGCGACCCGGAGGACAAGCUGCUGUCCGAACCGCUUCGCCACCCCGAUUUCUUCAACGUGAAGGAGCUCUUCUCCCUAAAGGAUCUGUUCGACGCCCGAGUGCAUCUGGGGCACAAGAAGGGAUGUCGGCAUCAGUUCAUGGAGCCCUACAUCUUUGGUUGCCGCCUGGACCAGGACAUCAUUGAUUUGGAUCAGACGAUGCAGCAUCUCCAGCUGGCCCUCAACUUCACUGCCCACAUCGCCUACCGCAAAGGCAUCAUCCUCUUCGUCAGCCGCAACCGGCAGUUCUGCCACCUGGUUGAGAGCACAGCACGGGAGUGUGGGGAGUACGCCCAUACACGCUACUGGCAGGGCGGCCUGCUCACUAAUGCCCACAUCCAAUUCGGUCCCGGCAUCCGCCUGCCCGACCUCCUUAUCUUCCUCAGCAGCCUCAACAAUGUUUUUGAGCCCCACGUGGCCAUCCGGGAUGCUGCCAAGAUGAAUAUCCCCACGGUGGGGGUGGUGGACACAAACUGCAACCCGUGCCUCAUCACCUACCCCAUCCCUGGCAAUGAUGACAGCCCCACCUCCAUGGAGCUCUACUGCAAGCUCUUCAAGAUGACCAUCAUCCGUGCCAAGAACAAGAGGAAGCAGAUUGAGGUCUUCCAGGAUCUGCAGAGCCGAGAGAAGCGCGAUACGAGCCGCCCCGUGCUGGCUGAAGGCCAGGCCUGACCGUGGGACUCAUCUCCGUGCUGGAGGUGGGCAUCCUGCUCCACUUCUACAGUGCUGCACGCAUGGCAUUACACAGCCUGGCUUUCAGCAGAGCUGGGCUGCUUGCCACACCAGGACAUUUCCAGCUCAAAAAUAAUUUGCCCAGAGCAAUUAACCCAAGGGGAGAGGGAGCAAGGCCAGUGCCAGCUCUGUCCUGUUUUAUUAUGAGGAGCACUUCUGUCCCGCGACCCUCCUGUUGUGAAAUGCUGCAAAGCCAUUUGUAUCACACGCCAUAAAUAAAGGGGUCUUUCGGCCUCCUU